AUGUUGUUGUCGAAACACACUCCUCCAUCAGCAACAACAACAACCUCACAACAACAACAACCACUCAAACCUACAUUAUUCACUCACAACUCUUCGUUAUUUCCAUCCAUAAUUAUCCCUCGACGAAUGACGAGCACUUUCUCUCCUCUCGUAAUAGUAGUUCUACUAGUUCUACUACUGCUGGUUCCAUCUCCUCUUAUCUUCUUCCAUUCUACCUGCCAGGCUCAAUCUCUAUAUGCUUCCUUUGGUGAUUUUGCUUGUAACUCUUUGAGUAGUAGUAGUAGUAGUAGUAGUAGUAGCAGUAGCACCUCCACUUUGACAUCUUCCACUCCUCAACAACGUUGCAUCUCUUCUUCAAUAGAAUUAACACUCAAUUCCAAUACAAGCACUUGUUCGGAUUCCUUCUCCUAUUACUACAACUCUCAAGGUCAGAAAAUAGAUUUAGGAACCACCUUGAAAGUGGAGGCCAAUCUUCUCAAGGCACGUGCACGACUCUACUUUGUAAAAGAUUCAAAAUUCAUUUACAACAAGUACGAAGUCUUUGUACCAGGAGUGGGAUGUGCAAUGACUCGUGCCAAUUCAGAAUGUGGUUCUUCUGGUUCUUCUGGUUCUUCCGAUACCUUUGUGUUGUGUUGUGUGGGUGGAAAGAGAGGCACUGGAGCGUUUUGUUUGAGGGAAGCAGAGGCUCCAGGUGUGAACAUGCUGAGACGAGCCUAUCAAGUGUAUCGAAUCACACUCGCUACAAGUGUUCUCAUUACGGCUCAAGUGAAAGUCACUCGAAAUGGUAAAACAAGAGAAUUGAUUUUGACUGAAAGUGCAACUUCCUUGUCAUCGUUCGGUAUGGAUGCAUUCAUGACGUAUCAACUCUCAAUGGAACAUCAAGAAUUGGAGAAGAAAUUUAGCAUGUGUAGUAAUAAUUAUGUCAUGUUGAGAUUAAUGCAAGCAGGAGCCUCCUCGCUCAAUAAUCCUCUAACGACAUUGACAGCCGAUGAUCUAUUGCUGGUUGAAAAAUUAUCGAAUUUUAUAACCGAUCAGUAUUCGUAUCAAAUUAAGGCAUCAUGUGAUUCUGAAUAUGGAGAUCAAACCAAGACCCAUGACUAUGUGGAUCAUAUUAAGGAUCAAUUCUAUAACGCUCAAGAGUUGUAUGGAAUUAAAAAUGUUCUUAGGAAUAAGCUGAACAUACCACUCACUGAGACAAUCACAUUUGGAAAUACUGACACGAGUAGUGGAGUCGGUGGAAGUAAUAGUGGUGGAAUUGGUGGAUUGGAUUAUUUGGAAGUGGAUGUCGUGAGUCCAGUGUUAUCAAUUAAUUUAUUGAUAAAAAAUAUAUACGAACUGUAG